UAGCAAAUGAAGAAAUAAGUAGGGAGUCUUAAUGAAUAAAAGUAGGAGGACAUGAAUCGAAGAGUUGUAACAGAGAUUGAGGAUGGGGAUUAAGAAGUAAAAACAUUACAAGAUAUCUCAAAUUUGAAAGCUCAUUUGAAAAUGCAUUAGAUGGUAAAGUAACCUUUCAGGAAAAAUAAGGAAGAGUCUACUCCAUCUAUUUAAAUAGGGAAAUUUGAGAAUCAAUUAAAAUAAAUAUAACAAUAGACAAUAAAAAUGUAGGCAAGAAAACCAGUUUCAAUAGAAAAGAAUAGUGCUAAAUCAGUAUUGAUGGCAGUUUCAACUGAAAGAUUAGAUUAUUCUAAUUUCACAUAUGUAAAUUUGAAAGUUGUUGGAAGUGGAUCAUUCGGAAUUGUACAUAAAGUAAAUGAAUUUUAAAUAAUAGGCCAAAGUAAAUGAGACAGGGGAAAUUGUAGCAAUCAAAAAGGUUCUACAAGAUAGAAGAUAUAAAAAUAGAGAGUUAUAGAUAUUAUAAGAAUUGGAUCAUGUCAAUGUAUUAAAAAUGAAACAUGCAUUCUAUACUCCUGCAGAUAAUAAAGAUGAAACUUAUCUUAAUGUUGUAAUGGAAUACUUUCCUGAUACACUUUAUUCAUUCAAUAAAUCCUUUAUCAAAGAUUUCAAAAAGAUGCCUGAUAUUCUAGUUAAAUUGUUGAGUUACUAAUUGAUAAGAUCUAUUGCGUAUAUCUUCUUUAUAUUUUUAGAUAUAUUUCAUUAUUGGGAAUAUGUCAUCGAGAUAUUAAACCCCAUAAUGUUUUAGUCGAUCCUUAAUCUAACAAAUUGUAGUUAUGUGAUUUUGGAAGUGCUAAAAAAUUAGUUAAAGGUGAACCAAACAUAGCUUACAUUUGUUCAAGAUGUUACAGAGCUCCUGAAUUAAUAUUUGGAGCCACAGAUUAUAAUACAUAAGUAGACGUUUGGUCUGUUGGCUGUGUCAUUGCUGAAUUAAUCAAUGGAGAACCUCUCUUUUUGGGAGAAUCUGCAGUUGAUUAAAUGGUUGAAAUCGUCAAAGUACUUGGAACUCCAAACCAUGAAUAGAUACUCAGCAUGAAUAAAGAUUAUGAUGUUUAAUCUAAUAAAUUAGCCAAAAUAAAAUAGAGAGAUUGGAAAAAAGUAAAAAUUAAUUUUAAUAGAGGUCUUAAAAACUAAAGAUACUAAGGCUAUUGAUUUAGUUUCAAAAUUACUCACAUAUUGUCCUAAAACCAGACUUACUCCAUUUAAAUCUUUAGCUCAUCCCUAUUUUGAUGAAUUGAGAGACAUUAGUUAGUUAAAGAGUAUGCAAAGUUAGAUGAAGAUUAGCAUUCCUGAACUUUUUAACUUCUCUAAUGGUAUCAUUAAAUUAAUGUUUUUUAGAAGAAGUCUGUAAAAUGACUUAAUAAGAGAUUACUCAAUUAAUACCUGAUUGGUAUGGCAUUUCAUCUAAAAUUGUUAAAACAGAAUGUUGA